ACACUCUCGUCUCCGACGUUUUUUUUACUUUCUCCGGCGGAUUUACCGGUGACUUUUGGAUCGAUGGGUGUCGUUAUUGAGACCUUUAUUUGGGAACCAAGCUCAAGUUUCUUCAUCUUCUUCUUCGUUUCCACAUUUUUGUCGAUAUUUCUGUUUCCUUACUUGGCCAAGAACAGAACUUUUGGUAGCUUUGAUCAUUCUAUUUCCUCUUCUUUCGCUCGGUUUCAAAGAUGGUUUUUAGCUAUCUACACUCUCUCUUCAGUGAUGGAAGGUUUAUGGUCUGUGUAUGGAGAAUUGGAGUUAACAUCUUAUGCCUUAAGUAAAGAAUCAAUGGUGUUUUAUCUCUGUGUUGGCUAUUCGACUGCUCUUGUUCUUGGUCCUUUACUUGGUGUGCUUUCUGAUCUCAUAGGUCAGAAGAGAAUUUGUCUACUCUAUUGUGUCUUGCACCUUGUUGUUGGUGUGUGGAAGAGGAUUACAAUGAGCCCUAGUGCUUGGUUUGCAAAUAUUUUUCUCUCUCUUGCUGGUCUUGUAUAUUCGUUUGGGUUUGAGACUUGGCUUGUUGUGGAACAUGAAAAGCAAAGUCAGAGGAAUGACUCGUUAAAUGAGACAUUCUGGUUGAUGACUUUCCUCGAGUCUGCAUCUUUAAUUGGAGGUCAAGUUCUUGCAAAUUGGCUUGUGGAUGAAAAUGUUCAGCAUGGCAUUGCAUUGUCUGCUACGGCGUCUCUGUUCUUGUCUGUUGUGACUAUUAUUUGUAUUGUCCAGACUGCAAAAGAGCCGUUGAAGACCCUCCCAUUUAGGGAUUAUUCCGCAGCUUUCUAUGCGUAUGUUCUUGGUGAUAAAAGAAUAUGGUUUCUGGGAACUUCACAAGCCUGCCUCCAAUUUUCCACUGCAGUCUUUUGGAUUCUGUGGGCACCAACAAUAGUGGCUGAUGGGCGAGAAGUAAAUCUGGGAUUGAUAUAUCCAUGUUUCUUGGGUUCAAGAAUGCUUGGGAGUACUGCAUUCCCAUGGCUUAUGAGCGGACAAUCUUUACUCCGGCUUGAAGAUUGCUUAGUCUACAUAUACGCAAUACUUGGGGUUGUGUUUUCUAUAGUAGCCUAUGAUUAUCAGGAAAUCCGAAUCUUAGUAGUACUUUUCUGCUUAUUUCAUGGCUUUUCUGGACUUGCCCUUCCCUUGCUUGCAAGAUUAAGAACAAUGUAUGUACCAAAUGAAUUGCGUGGAGGGAUGAUAAGCCUCUCUCAAGUUCCAGCUAAUGCAACUAUUUUGUUUUUCUUAAUCCAGAGAGGCUACUCUAACAAGAUCGAGAACUCAACAAUGAUGGCUUUUGGUGCCAUUUCUUUAUUCACUGCAUCUGGUUGUAUAUAUUUAUUGAGACGAUGGGGAAAGUCACCACAUCAAGAUUGGCACAAAUUAUGAUCCUGAGUAAGUGUGUGGUCUCUGGUUAUUAGACUUAUGCGGAAGAAGGACAAGGCAAAUUGAAGACAAAAUCUACAUGUUUCCUAACAAAACUCAAGGUUGGUA